GAUAUUAUGCCCAGCACUUCCGGACCCUCGCCAGUGAGAGCAGCCGCCGCGGACGCGACUAUCAAAGAUGUGGUUAGCAGUACUAGCCGCAGUGCUAGUGGUCUGCAUUCUACUUUAUCUGGACACCAUAAAGCCAAAAAAAUUCCCACCAGGCCCCAAGUGGGUACCAAUUUUGGGUAGCGCAGCCGAAGUGUAUAAACUUCGAGAAAAAACUGGAUACCUGUAUAAAGCAGUAAAGGAACUAUCAAGAACUUACUGCAAAGAUGGAGCUGCACUUGGUCUCAAGAUAGGAAAAGACAGAAUAGUAAUGGUCAAUACCCUAGAAGCCAACAAAGAAAUGUUGUACAAUGAAGACUUGGACGGAAGGCCUAAAGGGAUCUUCUACCAGACCCGAACUUGGGGAGAGAGACGCGGUGUUCUUUUGACAGAUGGAGAACUUUGGAAAGAACAAAGACGUUUUUUGGUAAAACAUUUGAAAGAAUUUGGCUUCGGAAGGAAGGGUAUGGGUAACACAGCUUGUUCUGAAGCUGCACACAUGAUCAAUGAUGUUCUGAUUACAUUAGGCGAUAGUAGGCAAGGUGUAAUACAGAUGCAUAAUUUCUUCAACACGUACAUAUUGAAUACUCUGUGGUCUAUGAUGGCAGGAAUAAGGUAUAACCCGAAGGAACCUCAAAUGCAGGUACUCCAAGACCUUCUUUUUGACUUAUUCUCUGCUAUUGAUAUGGUAGGUACGGCUUUCAGUCAUUUUCCAAUAUUGACUAUCUUAGCUCCAACUAUGUCUGGGUACAGAGGCUUCGUGAGAACUCACAAAAGAAUCUGGAAGUUCUUGCGGGAAGAAAUUGGAAGGCACGAAGAGAGUUUCGACCCUGAGAGAGAGGAUAGAGACUUCAUGGAUGUGUACAUUAGGAUACUGAGGGAACAUGGUGAAGUGAAUACAUACUCAAAGGGACAGUUGGUCGCAAUGUGUAUGGACAUGUUCAUGGCUGGAACAGAGACGACUAGCAAGAGUAUGAGCUUCGCAUUCAGUUAUUUGGUGAGGGAGCAAGAAGUCCAAAAGAAGGCACAAGAGGAGAUUGACCGCGUCGUUGGGAGGGAUCGCAUGCCGUGUUUGGAUGACCGGGAUCAAAUGCCGUACUGCAGUGCCAUUGUCCACGAGAGCGUCCGACACUUCAUGGGACGUACAUUCGGUGUCCCACAUCGGGCUCUAAGGGACACCACGCUUCAGGGCUACAGGAUACCAGAGGACACGAUGAUAGUCUCCAACUACACCAACAUAUUGAUGGACGAGAACCUUUAUCCGGACCCGUAUGCUUUCAAGCCUGAGCGAUUCAUGUGCGAGGGCAAAGUCAAGCUGCCCGACCAUUACUUCCCAUUCGGCCUCUUCAAGCACAGAUGCAUGGGAGAUGUGUUGGCCAAGUGCAACAUAUUUAUAUUCUCCACAACAAUGCUGCAGAGGUUCUCGUUCUUGCCAGUUCCAGGGGAACCUUUGCCCUCAUUGGAUCAUGUUGACGGUGCAACGCCGUCUGCUGCACCCUUCAAAGCAUUAGUGGUACCACGGCAGUGAUUGACUUUUUUGUUUUUAUCAGCAUACUUAAAGCGUAAUACACAUUGAGCCCGCCGGGCCGCCGACAUAUGUCGGCAACUUUUUGUCGGCGGUCUAGUUGGCGGCUUCACUUAUUACAAGUCGAAAAAUUUGGUCGGCGGCAUGUCGGCGGCUUGAGAUGAGAAAUUUAUUUGGAAGUCAGCAUACAAGCACGUCACUACAGGUCGAGAGUCGCCGGGCAACUGAGCGCAGGCGUACCCAAGCCGCCAACAUGUCGGCGGGUAACACGCGCGGGCGCAUGUUGCCGACAUAAUUCUUUUCAUACAGGCUGCCGGGUUGUGUAGCCGGGCUUUGUCGGCGGCCCGGCGGGCAUAGUGUGUAUUGCGCUUAAGUACUUAAGUGCGUGUUUUAAGUUUCAACCAUCCAGUCGAUGCCUUUAAAGGACCGUGUAGGUAGAGUUUCUAUCAUUUACCAGAAUCGUAAGUACUAUUAAAUCAAUUUGUUAAUUGUAAAUAAUAGGUAGGUGGAAACACUUGGCUUUUCGAUUCGAGUUACCUAUUCAGUUUUUCAUUCAUGCUAGUUUAAUCAAAAUUAUAGUGGAUUGAUCCUGUUUAGGUAAUUGAAGACAAUUUUAAAUAAUGAUAUUCAACUCAAAACUAUGUAUAAUAGCAUGAAAACUAUGUAUAAUAGCACGAAAAUGAAAAGUAAUUGGUAUUGAAUUUAGUAUGUUAAUUUACCUUAUGACGCAAACGCUAAGGCUUUUCAUCAAUUUAUAAAUAGGAGCAAUGUUGGAUUCGAUUUUCCUCUCAAUUGGAUGAGUUGCUUCGGCGUAAAUACAAGUUAGUUGUAGAUAUUAAGCAUACAUAUAUCAAAAUAGAAAACACUUUGAUGUCUACAUCUUGCUAAUGUGGGAGAGAUGUACCAAACUGAACUUUAAACAUCAAACAAAAU